AUGGAGUCAUUCGUCCUCUUUCUGUCGUACGAACGAAUCGUAAAGUAUACGGCCGUCUCCGCGACUAGCGUGUUCAUUUAUGACUACAUCCUCACACUUCCGCUCGAGAUCAGCCUUAUAUGGACUCGUUGGGGUGGAUGGCUCGGAAAGUUUGUUUUCUUCUAUGUGCGUACGACGGGGAUUGGAAGCCCGCCUGACUUGACAACAGGGGGCCAUAAGAGCCACCGGAGUCACUCUAGAAUUUACACUCUCCCUCUCGACGACAGAAUGUGUACUCUCUACCAGAAGACGCGAUGGAUUAUCGUAUUCAUGACCAUUUUCUAUUUCGUCAGUGCCGUAGGGCAGAUAAUCGCUGGGAUUCUGGCGAUGAGAAUUCUGAUACCUCUUACUGGGUCCAUUGAUGGCCACUGCGCUCUGACGGGCGAAACACCUCGGAACGUCGACAAGAUUAUCGCAGGCUCGUAUUUAUCAAUGAUGCCAUGCGAGACGGUCAUUCUGGCCGCAACAAUCGGCCAUUCUAUAUGGGCAAGGAGACUUCAGCUCCUCGGUAAUGCAUCCUCCACGCUGCCUAUACUCACACGACUCUAUCGUGAUGGAGUACUGUAUUUUGGUCUCGCCCUCGCUCUGAGGUUAUGCGGCGCACUUGUUUGGCUUGUUGCGCCCGCGAACCUCAAGCUAUCUGCAGACUAUUGCGCCUUCGCGAGUCUAUCUCGAGAAGCAGAAGCACUAGUUCCGGACUAUUCGCCACCACCACAACUACUGCUGAGACCUUUGCCCUAUCCCAAAUAUCGAAUCGCAAUCUGGGACAAUCAAUACACAAGCCAACUGCCAGACCCUUGGAGAAACUAG